UGGACCUGAUCAAGAACACAGAGAUUUUGUCUGUGUUGAACUAUUCGAUGGGAAUGUCUACUUUGUUUACGCUGUCGGUGGUCACUAUAAGCAUAUUCAGUUGAAUCCACCAAAUACUGUUGUCAAUGAUGGUGGUAUUUACAGUGUUUAUGUUUCACGUAAUGCACAGCAUCGGUUCACAGUGAAAUUUAAUAAUCAGUUGGUUGAUGUUGAAGAGGGAAGUGAAGCUCAUCAAGCUGCAUUCGCCACAUAUACUUACAUUGGAAGCAUUGAUAAUGUGGGUCGAUUGCCCUGGCAUGUAUGGUCACGUGAAAAUUUCGCCGGCUGUAUUCAUUCUAUUUUAGUUAAUGAAAACAGUUAUUUGGAUGUUUCAUCUCGAAUGAUUCAGCAUACAGAUAUUGGUCGUGGAAUUCGAUUAGGACAGUGUGAAGUACCUAAACAACGUUGUAACGAUAGAAUUUGUGGCGGCGGUCGAUGUUCUAGGCGUUCAUAUCCAUUCUUGGAAGAGUUGAAUUUUGCUUGUGACUGUAGUGAAUCUGAUAAGACAUUUCCAGAGAAAACAAUGGAUAUUCGUCGAUCUGUUGGAUGCCAUCGAGAUGCUCCAGUUCUUGAAAUGGAUGGUGAUAUGGUCUAUGUGAUCGAUUUUGAGCAACAGAUCAAUAAACUGAUAACGCACACAGAUGAUAUUAGUUUACAGUUUAAAACUGAUGCACCCUUAACAGGACAAUCACGUUAUCUACCAUUGUUUUAUUCAGUUUCACGUGCAGACAAAUCAUAUUUUCGUGUUGAUUUAGUCGAUGGACAAAUACGUGUUCAAACGAAUAUUAAUCAUAAAGGCAAACCUCAUGCAUAUGAAGAAUUCUUUCUCCCAAGUGCAAUGCUCAACAAUAAUCAGUGGCAUACUUUGCAUAUUGCCCGUCGUGCCGACCAUAUAGUUAUAUCUGUUGACAGAGCCUCGGUAACUGGGAAAAUACCACUCCUGGACCCACAUGAUACCUUCCAGCUGAUUGCACAACAGAUCUAUUUAGGUAGUGCUGGACCGCCGAAUUUCGGCUAUUAUCUAGAUCCUGCCACAAAGAAAACAAUCCUACCGCCAGGACCACGAUUCGUUGGUGAAUUUAGAAAUUUCUACUGGAACCAAUAUGAUUUAAUUGGUACAAAAGUGUUUCCAACAAAGUAUACAGCUCAGUUGUUAAAUCCACCUUCGAUCAAGCAUACAUUCCCUAUAUGGCCGAGAGAGCAGACUUAUGCAAUCACACUGAAGCCUAAUUUAAUUUAUGCUCAUUUGAAUAGACCAAUUGAAAUGAAAAAUGGUGGUGAUACAUGGUUGAUUGAAUUUAAAACAAAUUAUGACGGAAUAUUGUUCAGGGCUCGUGAUAUUCGGGAGCCUGACCGUAUACAUAUUACAGCGUUAAUUCUUGGAGGUCGUUUGCAUAUCGCUUAUUUAUUUCAUGAUCAACAAGGGGUGUAUCAGUUGGUCGGCGGACCGGGUACAGAUAAUGUAGCUGAUGGAAAAUGGCAUCGUCUUGGAAUAACAUUAAGAAAAUAUAACAGAGAAAUUCUAGCUUACCUAGAUGGCUAUUCGAAUGAGUAUCUCGUCGGUAAAAAUUUGCGUCUAGACUUAUUAUCUCGAUUUGAUGUUUUCUUUGGUGGUAUACCUGUAAAUGAAUGGUCAACAUUGUUAAAUUUAUUACGUCAGCAUGCUGAUUCGUCUUUAUCAGUUAGUGAGAUUAAAAGUGGUCAACAACCUUCAUUCACUGGAUGCAUUGGAUCAUUUAAUAUCAGAGCUAAUAAUUUCACUGAUAAUUUACUAAAAAUAUACGAUAAUUUUUUGACUGCUUAUCCACCAAGUGAAUUAGUACGUGGUUAUUGUUUAGACUUACAACGCUGUACAUCGAAUUACUGUGAUAAUUAUGGAACGUGUAAACAAUUAUCGGACAAUGAAGUGCAGUGUGUAUGUACUGGCACGGGGUUUACUGGUCCAAGAUGUCGUACACCGAUUUGUAAUUCAGGUUAUUGUGCUAAUAGAGGUCAGUGUUAUAUUGGACCUAAUGAUCAACCACAGUGUAAUUGUACAAGAACAGGCUAUUGGGGAGAUCGUUGUCAAAUUCCAAUUUGUCCACCUGAUUAUUGUGGUCGAGGAAGGUGUACAGUAGGACCAGAUGACAAACCGGUUUGUGAUUGUACAGGAACAGGAUUCACUGGACAGAGAUGUCAUGAUACCGUAUGUACUCUAGGUUAUUGUGAACAUGGUGUAUGUACUGUUGAUCUUAUCACUCAGCAGCCUAAAUGUAAUUGUAGAGGUACAGGUUAUGAUGGUCCAAGAUGUCAAAAUCCAAUAUGUCCUCUUAAUUAUUGUGAAAAUCAUGGAGAGUGUAGAGUUGAUUCAAAUGAUCGUCCAGUAUGUGAUUGUUCAAAAACUAAUUAUUCUGGUCCCACAUGUAGUAUACCUUUAUGUCCACUGAACUACUGUACAGGACAUGGUGUAUGUGUUGUUAGACAAAGGAAUCCCACAUGUGAUUGUUAUCCAGGUUAUAGAGGAUUAAGAUGUGAAAUAGAGAUAUGUCCACCGAAUUAUUGUUUAAAUAAUGGUACUUGUUAUCCUGGACCAGACAAUCGUCCACAUUGUACAUGUCCUGUUAAUUAUGAAGGGGAACAGUGUGAAAGAGCCAAGCUUUGUCCAUCAGACUAUUGUCUACGUGGUCGAUGUGAAAUGAUUCAUGGUAUGCCAAGAUGUGAUUGUUUAGGCACAGAUCAUAAAGGUACACACUGUGAAAUACCUGAGGUCUGUCCACCUCGUUAUUGUCAAAAUAAUGGUGUUUGUUCAGUAAGAGGUGGGAAUUAUAUAUGCGAUUGUACAGGAACAGGAUAUCGUGGAAAAACGUGCUCGGAGCCUAUUUCAUGUCCACCAAAUUAUUGUUAUAAUGAAGGCAUUUGUUCAGUCCUACCUGGAAAUGUCUACAAAUGCGACUGUUCUAUGACAGCACGAACUGGACCUCAGUGUGACAGCAGUGCUCAUGGUAUACAUAUAGGUUACGAAAAUGAUGGUUAUUUAAUUUACAAUUUAAUUCCAUCUGUACGUACCACUGAAGACAAUGUAACAUUUGGUUUUAAAACAUACAUGAAUACUGGGACAUUAGUCACUUUUAUGACAACAAAUGGAAAACAUUGGGCUAUUAAAUUACGUGAUGGACGUGUUGCUAUCGAUUUGGGGGGUAAAAUUAUGCACGAGUUUGGAGUACGAUCUGAUGAUGGAAAUUAUCAUAUAGUGAAUAUAGAACGUAAGGGAAGAACAAUGAUGAUUAAACAAGAUGGUGAUGUCAUUCGAUUACCAUUAACAGGUUUAACCGAUGCGUAUGAUAACAGCUUUACCUACAACGCUGUUCAUGUAGCUGCGGAUGAAAAGAAGUCUAAUAUCUUCCGUGGAGUAAUCGGAGGUUUGCACUGGAACGGACGAUAUCCUAUUAAUGAAUUACAUUCUGGUCGAGUUACAGCAACUGGCACAGUGACAGUUGUUCCAACGCCAAGCUUUCCUAUACUUCCACCAAAACCUCAACCUGAAUGUGCAUCAGACUAUUGUUUAAAUGGUGGCAGAUGUGAUGCACAGAAUUACCAAAGAAGGUGUGACUGCCUUUAUACUGCAUACAACGGUGCGCGGUGUGAAAGACAAUCUCGAGGUUUUAUGCCAUAUAGAGAAGAUAAUGGAGCAUAUAUGAUUUAUCAUAUAAAUCCGUUGAAUAGGACUAAUCGAGAUCAGUUAAGAGUCGCUUUCCAAACCUGGCAACCGAAUGGACCAAUUGUUCGGGUUAUACAAACAGAUGGAUCAUACUAUGAAAUAUACUUGCGUAAUGAAAAACUCUAUGCCAGUAUCAAUGGUGCCGAAUUUCUCCUUAGCAGUCCAUUGCAAAUAUUCCAUGAUGGUCGUAUGCAUUUAAUUACAAUGGAUCGGGAUAAAUCUCGGUUCAAUUUCACAAUAAAUGGUCAUCAGACAUCCUAUAAUGUACCAGGUAUUGUAGCUGUGGACGGUUCAUUGAUAUCACAAGAGAUUGUCCUUGGAGCUGAUCGGAACUAUCAAAACACAUUCAGAGGAGUUAUUGGAGCUUUCUACUGGAACGGUCAAUAUCUAAUUAACGAAGUUGGCUCACUUGUAUCCGGUGCUAAAGUCAUGUCAGGUCCAGGAAGAAAUGUUGCUAAAAAUAUGGAUGAAAUUGUUGUCGUCCUUAUGCCAGAAUUACUUAAACCCAGUACACCAGUACGAAAACCAGACACUGGACCAUUGCCUGAAACUCUGCCUAAAGGUAUUAUAAGCGGUGGUGUUGUUAUGCCUGGAUUGGGUACAGGGAAUGCUGAUCUUGGAGCACCAAUUUUCGUAUCGGAUGGUAAAGCUUACGGUGCUGGUGCAACUGGUAUCAAUCCUGGCACUGGACUUAUCCUUUCACAAGCUGGUGGAUUAUUCGGUUUAGGCGGUGCUAUGGUCGAUGCAUUAUUGGCUGGACUAUUAUUAGCUUUAUUGUUAUUAAUCUCUGCGCUAAUAUGGGCCUGUUGGAGAUGUAAACCUGGUUGUUGUGGUUGGUGUGCUGGUAAAUCAAGUCGUAUUGGUGGACGUAGUGCAUGGGAUAGAUUAGCUGCAGUAUGCUGUGCUGCACCUGAAAGUGCAAUAAUUGUAAAAGAGAAGAAACACUUAUUGAGUGAUAAUGGGAACGGCGCUAUAGUUGAUGGAGGAGUGACUGGUGGAAUGACUGCAACAAGUCUACAAUCCUUACAAACUCACUCACGCAUUGUUAAACCACCUUUAUCAGUGACAGGUUAUCCUAUUGGACAUAGUCAUAGAUUAGAUCUUGGAGACCAGAUUGAAGCAUCUGGUAUUUCUACAAUACGCAUUGAUCAACCAAUAAUGGAUGACUUAAGCGCUCGUCAAAAUGUCUACAACAUGGAAGGAAUGAAAGUUGACUGUGUUGUAAUUACAAAGAAUAGUAAAUAUGUUGUAACUGGUUCAGGAAUGGGUCCACCACAAGUGUGGGAUACUCAGUCUGGAGAUUUAUGCAAAAUUAUGGAUGGUCAAGAAUUUGGAUGUACCGAUUUACAUUUGGCUUGUGAUGAUACUGUGCUCGUCGCCCAAGUUGUUGAUGAUAUUGCCGGCUUGGAUACGUUGAAUGAACCGAGUGAAAUUCGUGUGAAGCGUUUACAACUUUGGGAUUUUGCUUCAGGUCGACAACUUGAAAUGCCAAUGGAGAUUAUGUGUACAGCGACGUGUAUAACACGUUCAAGUGAAUAUGUGAUUGUUGCUCAGGUGACACCAGAAGGACCAUCUAUACUUGUAUGGAACUUACCAGGCAAUCAGUCAGAUCAUAUUAUACCAUAUCAUCCAGUUAAUUCUUUGCUUAAAGAUGCUGUCACUUAUCUAAAUAUUUCUAUGGAUGAUCGUUUAGUUGUUGCUGGACUGAAUAAUCCCACUGAUGAAUUGGCCUACUUUAUGGUAUUCGAUUUGACUGCAAGUUAUGUGGGUGUACAUCAGCCUAAGUUUAUUACAUUCAAUGGUAAAUGUGAAGCCACUGAGAUAAUCGGCAACGAUGAAGCUGUUACUGGUAAGUUUUUCUGAUUUCAGUAAUUGAAAAUUGGUUUUGAAUUACUACUCGACGAUUAAACAGUCCCGGUCAGCAACUCACAUUUCACACAGGAUUACUUGGGAUUCUGAAACUGAGGGAAAGAGUAGCUCGUCUGGCCACCUCUUAUUGCAUUGAUAAAUCCAGUUGCUCUUAUACAGAAACAGUUAUAUUGGCCGUUGCUCUAGGGACUUAAUUUUUCCUUGUCAGGAUCACUUACCAGUGUGACUAAGUAGAGGUCUAGUUAAAACCAUCAACAUUUCCAUAGAUCACCUAGUAUUAGUCACGCCCAAUCUCCCCUCUUUCCCUCCCAGUAGAAUGCUUUGUUUUCUGUACGAAUGCUGAACUCUGUUUCAAACUGAGUGCAUUUCCUUUACUCUCUAUUGUUACUAACUGACUGUUAUUAUGUUCAGUAUGUCUGUAGUCUUAGUUUUGCGAUAGAGGUGACCAGUCCUGAGAUUCUUGAUGAGUACUGAUGAAGAGUCUCAAAAUGGGAUGAAACGGCUGUUCAGUACUCCCUGCUGGUUUUUAGUGGUCCUCUAACUUAAGUCAGCUUGAGAUCAUAAUUAAAUUUUUCUUCUGAAAUCACUGGCUCGUUGAAGUAUUGUUCAUGUUAAAUCGGGAAUUUCUCUGCUGAAACUAUAAUUAUAUUGACACCUAUCAAUUUUUAAUUUCUUUCAGUUAAAGAUUUCGUUAACAAAAUUUUCACUACUGCACUUGUCAUCAUUUUUACUGUAUUAAUGUCUCAUUUACCAAUAAGUGAAGGCAACCGAACACCAGUCCAAAAACUGACUGACGCUGCUAAACAUGCAUACUCUGAACUGCAAAUAUUCUCAACUGUCUCACUAACCAAGUUGCUAGGGCAAAAAGACAGUUGUUGCCAGAAAUGAAAUAGUGUGCACACUGUUCUUCCCCAAAACACAGAACGAUUUUACCGUCAUUCUAAAUACCUAACUAGGAUUUCGCUAAAAUCGGCUAGAUAAGGCUGAAGUGUUGAGAAAGAGUCUAUGCUACUAAUGAAAGGCACAUUGAAGCUAUAAAAUGUUAUACAUCCAAUAUUUUUCUAAAUGGUCACUAGUGUACCUACCUAACAUAAGCUUUGUUUAUCGAAUCAACUGCAUAUACAUGUAAUAGGAAUGAUUCAACACCUGUCUUAGGUAUCUGGAAAAUUCUACUACCCCGACGGUGACAAAUAGGAGAAAACAAAGAAAACUAUAAAACUCAAGUUUCAAAGUCGUAUGAUUACAAUUGAUAUGAUUAUUAACAAUAAAUUUCGUUCGAAACGUCAUCCAGUAAAUAAUACUGUUUCACUGUGUGAUAUAUCUAAUAAACAAACUAAUAUGGAAUUACUUAACACCACAGAGCCCAAGUUUUACACAUAUAUUAUUAUCUGUCUAUCUGUUAGUCAAAACAUUUCGGUCAGAUGUGCAAUAUGACUUUUUAGUUAGUGUAACACGACAUUGUUGUACGUUCUUGGUGAAAGGAUGGAUCAGUCUUCAGGGCCUAAAUAGCCUAGCUACAAAAUAUUUAGUUUUCCCACUGAGUCCUGUAUUCGAUCAGAGGUUUAUUCGAAUUUCUAAGAGAAUGUACAUUUCAGCUAGUCUGUAGUCACAUUUACCAAUAACGUUUGGUCUAAGUAAAACAGGUCUCACUGUAAAAAUAUUUUUCUCACCUCUCAACAUGGAAUUACUUAGUUUCUAACAGUUCAUUAAAGGUUUGAUAUCGAGCUGAUAUCAGUCUGAGAUCCACUGGAAACCAGAAAGUACCGGUCAGUUGUUUUUUCCUAGUUUGGAACGCUUCAGUAGUAGGCAGUACCUACUCUACCAGGGGUUUUAGCGUAACUUGAAAACAAACAAAUCCCUACCCACAAGCGACUGGAAGUAUAAAGGAAGUUACCUGAUUUGAUGAGAAGUCGUUAUCAGUAGUGUCCACCGAUUCAGUUAGGAAAAUCUUUACUCCUCUGCGAUAUUGGCUGGGGGUCGGGCUUUGUAUAUUGCAAGUUUGUAGAAGCUAGAACUCAUGGGUUAUCGGUUAGUGUCCCAGUGGCUGAAUGGUCUACGAGCUCGUCUUUUCACAACCGGGAGGUCAUAGUUUCAAACCCUUGUGUUUUGUAUUGUCGAAGAGUCUUGAACGAAAAUGAAACAAUUGCUUAGAACUCCAUGGUUUUCCUAUGGCUCUCUCACUGAUGUAAACCCGUUAUCAAGCCUGUAGCCAAUCAAGUCAUUGUACACCAACACUUGAAAAUUCAUUAAAAGUCAGGUAUGGAAGUGUUUAUCAGUUCCAAAUUUAUAUAUGAUCGAUAGCAGUGAAACACUAUAUCAUUUUUUUACUCGAGUAAACUAUUCUGCGACUUUUUUUACAGCCGCGUGACUCUUAGAAUACACGAAUUAAGUUUCAAGGAGAAACUUAAUUUCGACGCAAUGAGUUUCUUUAGCAAAAUCUGAAUAGUACUUUUUUCGAAGUUGUGAUACAGUUGAGCAAUAUAUUUCAGAUAUUUGGAUGACACAUGUUUUCUUAUUCCUUCGCUUU